AUGCCCCUCUAUGAUAUUGAACACAGCAUCCCUCUCGACAAGCCGCAGCGCGACGCCCUCGCGCAGGCUAUCACUCACAUCCACACCCACCAAUUCACCACCCCGAGUCUGUUUGUGAACAUCAGCAUCACUAACUCAGACUAUGGAUUCCAGGUAGGUGAAGAUGGGCAAUGGCUGGCGGCGAAUUCGGGGAAGUUUCAAGAGUGGGCGGAGCAGGGGGAUGAGGUUUUUCGGGAGUUGGUGGAGGAAAUCAAGGGGCGGGAGGAUUUAGGGAGGUAG